UCAGACGAGGCUGAUGUUAAUCUCAAACAGGAAGUGAGUUGUGAGCUCUCUGAGGGGCGUCACCACAAAAUAACUGUCAAUCACACGCACACACACACACGCGCGCGCCGCUGGAGCUCAGUGAACCUGUCCUGCUCUUCUGGAGAUGAAGGAGUUUGUGUCCGUGAUGACGCGCCUCCGUUAGUGAUGGAUGACAGGAACAGACGAGAGCGGAUCACAUCCGCACACACACACCUGGAUGAAGACAGCUGUCCUCCUGAUCGAGCUCCUAGAGGUCGCAUCAUCGCAGCAAAUGUUGUGCACGCUCCUCCUCCUCGUCCACUGCGGGUUAAACCAGGCUGUAAAGGACCCGCCAUCAACAGAAACCUCAAACCCGGGAGACUGCCGAAGAGUUCCUCAGAUGGACGAUUGGACUUUAUGAGAUCUGCUGAAAGGACCCCAGUAGCCCCACAGAGGCCAGUGAGAUCAUUACCCAGAGAUCAUCUGAGUUUACCGCCUCCACCAGUUCAGACAACCACUAACUACCCAAACCAGUUUGAUGAGUCUCCUCCAUCCAGACCAGCCCCAACGUCACCUCAACCCAUAUCACACAACAACAGACCUGCGUGGACACACUCCAGACCAAGUGAGCAAGAGAAUAAACCCACACAAGUGAAUAAUACUCCAUUUCACCCUCAGGUAAAAACACAAUCAUCUGCAGGUCACACGUCUCACAGGUUUUCUCUGGAUCUGGACUCUCAGGAUUUGGACAGUUACUGUGAGAGCGAGAAGAGCUCGUUCGAUUCACACGUGAGGAAACAGCAGCAUCACGAAUGGCCUCCUGCUAAAGGAGAGAGCGACGGCAGCUUCACCAACCACAGCAAACCUGCACAGGGAUUGGCGGAUCAGAACUGGUAUGUUGGUGCAGUUAGUCGUGUGGACGCUGAACACGCUCUUCACCUGGUCAACAGGGAAGGAGCCUUUCUAGUGCGCGACUGCUCGAAGAACACUACCUAUGAGCCCUUGGUCCUCGCUGUGUUUUACGACAAAAGAGUGUUUAACAUUCAGAUCCGCUUCAGUGAUGACAUCAGCAAAUACACUCUGGGAACGGGCCUGAGAACCAAUGACAGGUUUGAUUCUGUCACCGACAUCAUCAAGUUCCACUCCAUCUUUCCCAUCGUUCUCAUUGACGGACGGAAAUCCUCCUCCUCCGCAGCAGCCAAUCAGAGGAGGCAGUGUGUGCUGAUGUACCCAAUCACAAAGCAGGAUCUGACCGAGCUGUUGAAAUAAGAGCAAAUACAAACGACCCGCGACAUCUCUGAGACUUUGACUGACCUUUUAACUUUAGAAGACAUGUUUAGUGACUUUGACUAGUACAGACUCCAAAAAAGAGCCAGAGAGAUAAUCUGAUAAAGCAAAGAAAAUCAAAUGUUUAUUAAUGUGGAUGAGUAGAAAUCAAAUAUCUAAAGGAUUCAGUAUUUUUUACAUUUUAAAACACACACAACCUUUUUUCCAGAAACUUUUAAUCCAUUUCAGUCUUUAUUUAAUCACACUUAAAAAAAUUUUUCUGUCUUGUGUAUUAUUUAAAAUAAAUAUUAUGCUUCUGAAGCCUCAGAACGAUGUACAGAUUAUAGUUUGACUUAAAACUCAUGAAUCAUGUCACAUGUUUAGUUUCUUGUUUAAUCAGUUUUAGAUUUAAAAAUGAGCAGUUGCCCUUUACAUAACAGUAAUAACAGUAACAGGUUUGAUCAUUUGAGGUAGAUUUACAAAGAUAAACACAUCAAACUCUCUC